AAGCCUUUGUAAUAAAUGUCGUAAAAAGGACAGGAGACAGUGGGUGUAUAAAAGCCCGCUAAACUAAUCACCAGGCACUGUGGGUCAAGUACAGUCAGCGGUUACGAACCUUCCACCUCCUAAAAAUUCACUUCCGACGCCAUGAUCAAGGAAAUUCUUCUCGUCCUGACGGUUUUUGGUUGCGCUUAUGUUAGCGGACAGAUGAACCCAAUGGCACUUAUGGCAUUGUCUGGAGGAGCAGGAGGAAGGGGAGGGGCCGGGUCAUUAAUGAUGCGCCUCCUCAACAACCCUUACAGUCUUUGUAAAGAAACAGAAGGAGUUAAAGCCAUUCCUUGUCGUACCGGUAACAUCUGCGAUCUCCUCUCACUGAGACAGUACCGUCUUCCCAAUCUAAUGAAAUGUAGCCCCGCUGGUAUUGGGUGUUGUCUGAAAGAUUACAUGUCUCUGCAACUAAGCAAAAUGAUGAACUGA